CGCUCGGCGUGCUCUUCGACGGGAAGCGCGUGAGUUUGUUUGCGUUUUUCCUUUUGCUUCCUUGCCGGGGGAGAUCAUCUCGGGGCUCUCCGCUUCUCCCGUCAGGACGCUCGGUUUGUGGUGGGAAUUGACACCGUGAGGGUCUGUGCUGAACGAGGGAAGGCCUCCCCAUGUCGGACAACGAGGAUAAUUUUGAUGGAGAUGAUUUCGAUGAUGUGGAAGAAGAUGAAGGACUUGAUGAUCUAGAAAACGUUGAGGAGGAGGGUCAGGAAAAUGUGGAAAUCUUGCCAUCUGGAGAGCGACAACAAGCAAAUCAGAAGCGGAUCACUACUCCUUACAUGACCAAAUAUGAGCGGGCCAGAGUUCUUGGUACCCGUGCCCUACAGAUAGCGAUGUGUGCCCCAGUAAUGGUAGAGCUUGAAGGAGAAAGAGAUCCCUUGCUGAUUGCAAUGAAAGAACUGAAAGCUCGGAAAAUUCCCAUAAUUAUCCGCAGGUAUCUGCCAGAUGGAAGUUAUGAAGACUGGGGUGUAGAUGAACUAAUUAUCACAGAUUAAAUAUCUUCCGUGCUGCAACUCCAACUUUUAUGGAAAUAUAUAUAUAUAUAUUGUGUAAAUAAAUACCAAAAUACCAAAAUAAAUGUUUUG